AUGGCCAACACACUUUUGAUCGAAGGAACUUUCGAGGAGUUGAGCGAGGAGCUCGCCGUCUACAUCGAUGGACUCAGCCAGUCGUCUGUGCAGUCAGAGGUUGCGCCGCUGCUGAAGGAGGGCAACAAGGUGGAUGCGCUCAAGAAGAUUGUCACUGCCAGCAGCGCCCUGAACAGCGCCCCCGAGAGAGAAUUCGUGGCUGCAUACAACCUCCUCGUGCACCUCGUACACCAGUCUGGAAGCCCCGACAUUUUCCUGCCCAAACUCUGCCAGAAUGUCUCUGCACCCAUCACCUCGUCGCCAUACAACGCCACCGGCCUCGCGCUCAACGUCCUCUCCACAAUCUUCAACACCCUGUCGCCCGAGCAGGAGAGCCGAUACCACGUUCUUCUCGCCAUCCUCAAGAUUGUGCGCAACAACAGCACUUUCGACCAGUUGACCCCUCAACUCGCCCAGCUGGAGUCAUGGCUGGAGGGCUGGAACAUGGAUGCCGCCGACCAGCGCAAGUUGUACCUCGCCGUCAGCGACGUAGCCACCGAAGCCAGUGAGGACGAGCAAGCAUACCAGUACCUGCUCAAAGCCCUGCGCACCAUCCAAUCCUCCGAGGACGCCGCCACCGAAGACGCCAAAUCCCUCUCCAUCCGCGCUCUCAAGCAAUCUCUCGUCUCGCCCACCCACUUUGACUUCCACGACUUGACCCAACUCGACAGCAUCGCCGCCCUGCGCCAAUCCGAGCCCGUGUGGUACGAAUUGCUCGAAAUCUUCAACGCCCAAAAACUAGAAGACUUGCGCGAAUUCACAGAUGCAAACCCCGACUUUGCCGCUACCAACGACCUCGACAUGUCUGUGUUGGAGAGAAAAAUCCGUCUCCUCACUCUCGCUUCCAUUGCCGCUUCCGCAUCCCAAUCCCGCACUCUGCCCUACUCAACCAUAACCGCCGCCCUCCAGAUCCCGGCCGAAGACGUCGAAAUGUGGGCCAUCGACGCCGUCCGCUCCGGUCUCGUCGAGGGAAAGCUGUCGCAGCAAGAAAAAACCUUCCUCAUCCACCGCACCACCUACCGUGUCUUUGGCGAGAACCAAUGGAGAGAAGUCGCCUCCAGACUCGACAUGUGGAAGUCUUCUCUCGAGGCUGUGCUUGGAGUCGUGCGUCAGGAAAAGGCAAACUACAUCCGUGACAAGGAGGCUGAGUUGAGGGAUGCCGAGAACAAGAGUGGCGGUAAUGGGUACAGAGCCAACAAGCAGUACAGAAACGCAAAUGCUGUAGAGGUGGAGUAA